CCCUACGCACUGCACCUUCUCCUUCAACAACUAUCCAUAUCUCUUUACUGUCUUACAAGAAGUCAACAAAAAUGAGUCACGUUGUAAUCCUCUCCGCAGCCACCAUCUUCCUCUUCCUCUGUCUCUCCCCUCUCACAUCCACCGCAGCUAGCACUGCGGUCCUCGACAUCAAUGGCCGCCCUCUUCAAGCCCGCUCCAACUACUACAUCCUCCCCGUGAUCCGAGGCCGAGGCGGGGGCCUAAGAAUGACACCUAAAAACGCCACUCAACUUUGCCCACUCGCGUACGUAGCUCAAGAAAGUAGUGAACUCGCCAAUGGCUUACCUCUUAAGUUCUACCCAGUCAAUCCUAAAGACAAAACAAUUUCUCUCUCCACUGACCUCAACUUCGUCUUCGAUGCCGCAACCAUCUGCGUGCAAUCGACUCAAUGGAGGUUGGCCUUUGACGAGGUGACUGGAAGGCGGUACGUCGGGUUCGGUGGAGAAAUUGGGAAUCCUGGGGGGAACACAGUGAGUAAUUGGUUCAAGAUAGAGAAGGCUGAAACUGGGAAGUAUGAUUAUAAAAUAGUGUUUUGUCCUGGUGUUUGUAAUUUCUGUAAGGUGGUAUGUGGAGAUAUAGGUGUUUUUGUUGAGAAAGAUGGGAGAAGGUUGUUGGGAAUUAAUAAUCAGCCUCUUUUGGUUAUGUUUAAGAAAGCUUAAACAAAGGUUUUAAUAAUAUUCAAGGUUAUCUUGCGAGUUGCGAAGAUAGUCAAUUAUUGAUGCUUGGAUUGAUUUUGUAAUAUGAUAUAUGAAUAAGGCAAAAGCUAACGGACACUCCUGAGAUGCUAGAUAAGAAAUAUAUCGUUCUACUCAAUUAGUCAUAUUUAUAUAAAAUAAUAUAAUAAUGUAUAACUCUAAUGCAAUACAUUUAAUGAAUAAAGUCGUUUUAUUUA